UUUUUGAUAAACAUUUAGACAAUGAACAAAAGCCCUGGUUGUGCUGAGGGAAAAUUAUGCAUCAAACAAGACUGGAACUAGAUCUGAGGAUGAGGAAACCUUUGUAAACUUCACCCCCAGGACCAGUCAGUGAGCUGUUAACUAUCAGCAGUAACGGUGGGGUCGGUUAGGUGCCUGGGAGGUCACGGAGGGCGUGGAGCUGGAUGCAUGAGACGGCUUCAUGGGCCUGAAGGACCAUCUGGAGGAUGGGACAGGCCACAUCCUCAGCCUGGAGCUGGAUCUGGACUACCUCCAUGUGGAAGGUGCUGAGCGGCAGGGUAGCCUGAGCGCUACAGCAGGUGCUGGGAAUAUAGGAGUCUUGCAGGUCAGAGCUGGUGUCCCGAGUAACAGUAUUGGUAGUAGUAGUAGUAGCACUAGUUUUAGUACUCAUUCAAACUAUAGCAGCAGCAGUAGUUGCAGUAACUUCUCUGAGGAGAGUGCCGUGUCCGACAGUGAAGAUGAACGACUCCAGAAUGGGUCUGGUUCUGAAUCUCAAAAUCCUCAUCAAGCUCAGCCUCACCUACACCACCAAGAGUCCUCCGUAGUCUGUCAGCCAGUCAGGCUGGACCUGACCCUAAACCAAUCCCCGGAAGACCCCACCCAGCCAGAAACAUCACCUCCUACUGACCCCGCCACAGACUGCCGCACCAAAGUGGAGUUUGCUCUCAAGCUAGGCUACUCUGAAGAGCUGGUACUGCUGGUGCUGAGGAAACUGGGUGCAGACGCACUCAUCAAUGACGUCCUGGGAGAGCUGGUCAAACUGGGAACCAAGACAGAGAUGGAGCAGCAAGGAGGUCCAACUGUCUCCCAGUCUCCCUCCACCUCUUUGUUAUCCUCUUUGGCCUGCUCUUCUUCCUCCUCCUCCUCCUCCUCCUCCUUCACCUCCUCUUUUGACGCCUGUCAGCUGCUGUGUCCGUCCCAGCUGCUGGAGGACAAAGAAAACCUUCGGCCUGUUGUGGUGGAUGGGAGUAAUGUAGCCAUGAGUCAUGGAAAUAAGGAAGUGUUCUCCUGUCAAGGCAUCCAGCUGGCUGUAGAUUGGUUCCUGGAGCGAGGUCACCGUGAUAUCACUGUGUUUGUUCCUGCCUGGAGAAAGGAGCAGUCGCGACCUGAUGCUCUCAUCACAGACCAAGAGAUCCUACGGCGACUAGAGAAAGAGAAGAUCCUGGUCUUCACUCCAUCUCGCCGUGUUCAGGGGCGCCGUGUGGUUUGUUAUGACGACCGCUUCAUCGUCAAACUGGCCUACGAAUCAGACGGCAUCAUUGUUUCCAAUGACAACUACCGUGAUCUGGCCAAUGAGAAGCCAGAGUGGAAGAAAUUCAUUGACGAGCGUCUGUUGAUGUACUCCUUUGUAAAUGACAAAUUCAUGCCACCAGAUGACCCACUGGGACGCCAUGGACCCAGUCUGGAGAACUUUCUGAGGAAGAGGCCUGUGAUUCCUGAACACAGGAAGCAGCCAUGUCCUUAUGGGAAGAAGUGCACAUAUGGCCACAAGUGCAAGUUUUACCACCCUGAACGGGGUAGUCAGCCCCAGCGUGCCGUGGCUGAUGAGCUCCGCGCCAGUGCCAAAAUUUCAUCAGCAGCUUCCAGAGGCCUGCAGGAAGAUGCCCUGAUGAUGAAGAGCCAAAGUUCUGGUCAAGGAAUGGCUGAGGCCGGGCCAAGUCGGGGCACUCCAAAGAAACAGACAAACCCCAGCCCUCGAAGCUCCUUCACUGACCUUCUGGACGACAGGUUUCGGGUCCAGUCCAAAGCGGAAGGACGUAGGGGAAGCAACAGCAGCAGCAGCAGCAGCUGUAGCAGCAGCUUUCUAGGGCAUCCUGCUCCAGGGGGGCCCCCUUCAUCAGGCCUGGACAGAUGGGAACACCCUGGGAGUAGCAGUGGGGGAAGUUUCAAGGUUGCUGGGGCCUCAGGACCAAGCCAGGCUGACACUUAUCACAGAUGCAGGUCUCCAGAGCUGGGCUACAGUUCGCUUGCAAAGGCCUACUCGAGCCUCAGUCUGGUAGUGCCACAGAGUCCUGAAUGCUUCUUUCCGGCUGACCUGCGAGCUGGAUCACUGCCGUCAGACUGUAGCAGUGAAGGCAGUGUCAGCUCAGACUCUUUCUCCCCUGACCCCCUGUUAGAUGAUGGUCCCAAGUGCCACCAUCACCACCACCAACACCCUCUUCACCAUCAUCACUGCUCUGGCCAGUACACCCAUCAUGCAAGUCGUGUUCCACCUGGACUGAGCCAGCAUGCUCCUCAUGGCUAUCCCGGUCCUCAAGCAAUGCAGAGACAGCCUGGUUUUGGCCUGGAAGUCCCUUCAUCUUCUGUUACCUCACAUGCAUCUCCACAUCCUUUCAAAACCCCUCCAGCCUACAUCCCACCCCACCUUCAGCAUCCAUCGCUGAGCAGUUUCCCAGGGGAAUUUCCAGCUCGUCCACAAUGCCCACCCCAAACAUCCCCUGCUCAUUCCCUCUCUCAGAGCUCCCCCCUUGGCAGCAAUCUGAUGGGCUCCCUUUGGAAGGAAGGCGGGCUCCAGGACUCCCGAGUGUACGAAGGGUCACCACUUCAUUCCAGAAGAAACUACUCUGGGCUAAACCAACAACCACUGCAUCAGAUAAACUGGGACCCCCAUUACCAGCAGUCCUCUAAGCCUCGCUAUGAUCUGUUUACCUUCCAGAGCCAUCCAGAAAUCCGUGAGAAGGAUCAGCACUCUCUCUGGGGCAGGCAAGCCCAUUCAUCACCUCGUGGCCUUUCGACAUCGAGUCUUCCACCAGUCCCACAGCUGCCCCUUCCAUCCAUCAAUUCCCACAACAGCCACCUGCCCCCAGUGCUCCAGCACCAGGAGCCCUCUGCCUUGGGUCGAUACCAGGACCUUAGAGAGAGGAUGUUUGUUAACUUGUGCAGCAUCUUCCCUCCAGAUUUGGUGAGAACAGUGAUGACCAGAAACCCUCAUGUGAUGGAUGCUCAGGAGCUUGCAGCUGCAAUUUUGAUGGAGAAAUCGCAGCACAGGCCUUGA